AGCAAUGCAUUGUGGGUCAGACCCAACAUGGCAGCCCGCUUGCUGGCCGUGGAUUACAGUUUAGCUCAGUGAUUCUUUUGACCUGAUGAGUUUAUCAUCGUUGAAUUAAGCAUCGAACAUGUUUCAGAUCCUGUGCAGUAAAGCGAGCCUCGCUGCUGCUCCGGUGCGGUCACUGUCGUUGUACCCGCGCUGCCACAAAACAGCUGACAUCUGGAAACUGUCAAGGUGGUAUACAGCUCCAGGGUUUAAUGGGUGCAGCUCCUCACAGCAGCCGGGUCAUGCCGUCAGUCGUAUGUGGCGCCUCACCCAGAGAGCUCUCCGCCAGUCGGCCACCUGGACGUCCAAACCCCCGGGGAUGUCCCUGAGGUUCAUCCUGGGACCAGCGGUGCUCACGGUCUCUGCGCGGCUGUUCUGCCACGUGGCGUACUGCGAGGAAGACGUGAACAACAACACCCUGGUGGAAGCCGUCGCCAAAAAACCUCCACCCGAAUUCAAAUGGCAUAUCCUGUGGGAAUUUGUCAAACCUCAGCUCUUGGCUCUCAUGGGGGCUGUUGUGCUUGCUUUUGCUGCAGCGAUCCUGAACAUUCAAAUCCCCUUGAUGCUCGGGGAUCUGGUGAAUGUUGUGGCGCGGUACCUGAGGGAACAGACUGGGAACUAUGUUUACGAGAUAAGAGGUCCUGCCUUGAAACUGCUCGGCCUGUAUGGUGUCCAAGGCCUGCUGACGACCGGCUACAUCGUCCUGCUUUCUCGGGUUGGGGAGAGAGUGGCAGCGGACAUGAGAAAGACGCUUUUCGCCUCCUUACUGAGGCAAGACGUGGCUUUCUUUGACGCUAAUAAAACCGGGCAGCUGGUGAAUCGUUUGACUUCUGACAUUCAGGAGUUCAAGUCGUCUUUUAAAUUAGUCAUUUCUCAGGGUCUGCGGAGUAUUACGCAGACAGUUGGAUGUUUUGUCUCCCUCUACAUCAUGUCCCCUAAACUCACAGGUUUGACUGUAGUGGUCCUUCCCUGUCUAGUGGGAGCUGGGGCUCUCAUUGGCUCGUUCCUCCGCAAACUAUCCCGUUUGGCUCAAGAACAGGUGGCAAAAGCAACAGGCGUGGCAGAUGAGGCACUUGGUAAUGUGCGGACAGUGAAAGCGUUUAGUAUGGAAGAGCGGGAGCUCCAGUUAUAUUCUUAUGAAGUGGACAAAUCAGGUGAAAUGAAUGAAAACCUUGGCGCUGGAAUAGCGGUCUUCCAAGGACUGUCAAACAUCGCCCUGAAUUGCAUCGUUCUGGGAACUAUUUUCGCUGGAGGGACUUUAAUUUCUAGAAAUGAAAUGACCCCUGGAGAACUCAUGUCUUUCCUGAUCGCUUCCCAGACUGUUCAAAGGUCAUUGGCCAGUAUCUCUAUCCUUUUUGGACAGAUGGUGAGAGGACUCAGCUCCGGGGCCAGAGUUUUUGAAUAUCUGGUUUCGAAGCCAACCAUCACUGGGUCAGGGGGGGGACGCAUCUCGUACCACAAUCUGAUGGGAAGAGUGGACUUCCAGGACAUUUCCUUCAGUUACCCAACAAGACCCGGUCAUCAGAUUUUGAAGAAGUUCAACUUGACACUGGCUCCGGGUAAAACUGUUGCCAUUGUUGGAGAAUCUGGAGGAGGGAAGUCCACGGUGGCGUCAUUGCUGGAGCGUUUCUACGACCCGACCAGCGGUGUCGUCAAGGUGGAUGGACUUGACAUUCGAACACUCGACCUGUCGUGGCUCAGGGGGCAAGUUAUAGGAUUUAUCAAUCAGGAGCCGGUUUUGUUCGGAUCAUCCGUCAUGGAGAACAUCCGCUUUGGGAAGCCCGAGGCCACAGAUGCUGAGGUCAUUAAUGCAGCCAAGCAAGCCAAUGCUCAUCGCUUCAUUACCAGUUUCCCAGACGGCUACCACACUGUGGUUGGUGAGCGAGGAGCGACGCUCUCAGGCGGCCAGAAACAGCGCAUCGCCAUCGCCCGCGCCUUGAUCAAGAACCCGUGCAUCCUGGUGCUGGAUGAGGCCACCAGUGCAUUGGACGCAGAGUCGGAGCGAGUGGUACAGGAGGCUCUGGACAAGGCCACAAGGGGUCGCACUGUGCUCAUCAUUGCCCACCGGCUGAGCACCAUUCAAGGGGCUGACAUCAUCUGCGUCAUGAGCAACGGACGCAUUGUGGAGGCUGGGUCUCACUUAGAGCUGCUGAGCAAAGGAGGACUGUAUUCUGAUCUGAUCCGCAGGCAAAGAGCUGAGGGGAACAAAUGAACACUGCAAAACAUACUCUAGAUCGACAAUGAAUAAUAGAGUUUAUUUUUAAAUGCAUAGGGGAUGGGUUGCAUGAACACAAUGAAUACAAUAAAAUGUAUCCUAAUUUUACCAUUUCCAUGCCGACUUUUAGGCCAACUCAGGUUUUAUGUACUUUACAAAUGGACCAACCGGGUCAGUCUGUGAUGAUUUAACAAGCCACACUAAUGUACAGUCUCAAGUGGGAAGUUCAUAACACUGUUUUUACUGUAUCUGUAUAGAAUGAUAAAUUAUAAUGUAUAGACAAAAAAUGAAUAAACUUGUUCUGAUUAGUU